AUGGCUUUUGCCAGCUCCUCAGUGGUGUUCAGGUCACUGCUUUUGGUGCUGAUUCUAGCACUCACUGUAAGGAGCUUACCCCAUAGAAGGGUAGUUCAUUCUCAGCCCAGCAAGGUCAAUGGUUCUGCGAGGCUUCAUGAAGAUUGCCUGAACCAAAAGGAUCUCAAAUUCCCUACAACGAUGAACGUUGACAUUCGUAUCAGCAGUUCAGAUCAUGCCUUUAGGAUGGUCCAUGAUGUCAGAAACCGGUCUCUCGCUCCUUGGGAUUACAGGCUUGACGAGGAUCCCAACCGCUUCCCCCAGGUGAUCGCUGAAGCCAAGUGCCGCCUCUCCGGCUGCGUGAACUCACUGGGGCAGGAGGACCACAGCCUCAACUCCGUCCCCAUCCAGCAGGAGAUCCUCGUCCUCCGGCGGGAGCAGAAGGGCUGCCUGCCCACCUUCCACCUGGAGAAGAAAAUCAUCACUGUGGGCUGCACAUGUGCCGCUCCAGUCGUCCACCACCAGUCCUAGGAGGAAUUAGUAGUGGGGGCAACCCUGGGAAGAAGAAAUGACUCCCACAGACAUCCCUCUGGAGAAAUCCCACAGUCACCCACCUUGCAUCCCAGGAAUUCAACAUGACAUUUCCUUUCCAAAUCUUAGCAAAUUACCUCAUUAUAGUACUGAUUCUUGCUGUUCAUUCAUGGAUUUUAGAAUGGGGAUUACCCAUAGCUGGUGAUGGAGGGGAGAGAGAGGGAUGGAGGAUAAGUUUUGUCUGUGACUCCAAGCAGGGAGGGGUAAAGCAGUGCUCUUUUCCUUUUUUCCUUUUUUUUUUUUUUCAUUGCGGCUUAUAUCAGUUUGGUGAAUCAAGCGAAUUAUAAUUUCUAAAGUUGUCCUUGUCAGUAAAUUGCCGUAAUAUAUACAUGUCAACCAGCACUGCCACAAAAAAUACCUACUCCUGCACCUUCUCCCUCCCUUCUUCAUCCCUAACCCCUUUUCCUUCUCUGGCCAUCCUUGCUCACUAGCGUAUUUCUAGUGUAAAUCUGGCCUGAUUCUCAUUGCACUCUGGGUUUGUGUCACUGUGGCUCGAUGGGGAGCAGCGGCCAACUUAUUCCAGAGCAUUUUGGGAGAAAAUUGAGACCACUUGCAUUGAAUGUUAAAAUGGAAAAGAACUAAUGAAUGUUUAUAUUUCUAUUUAUAACUUCUAUUUAUUACAGUAUUUAUGGCUUUGUAUGUGCUCAGAGUAUCAAAAAAUGGUAAAUG